AUGCACGUAAAGCAAAAUUCCCUUUAUUAUUGUUCUUGAAAUCAUAUGUAGGCGCUUGUCGUGUUUUUUCUCUCUUUCUUCCUUUGUUUUGUAUUGCCGUGUGCUUCUGCACACACACACGCACACACAGUUUCUGAUCAAUAUUUGCGAACUAAACGUCAUAAUACCACUGCAUUGUAUUAUUGUUCGUACGUUGUUCUGCGUAAUCAAAAUCGAAUCCAAUUUCAUAGUUUUAGACUAAAAAAAAUGAUUAAAAAGCAUUCCUUUCAAUCAAUUUCGACGAAAUGUGAUUUUCAAGCCAAUUUGUAAAGUGAAACAGUUUCUUUUCCUCUCUACAUGAUCGGACAGUGAUUCAUCGCAGAAGUGGAGCAGUAAAUAAACGAAUACAAUUGUUCGUAAUCGGCUAGGUUGAUUAGAGAAGAGUGACAGAGAUAAAAGAAAAAAAACUAGUGUCCAGAAUUGCAUACGAUUGCAAGUGAUUCAGUAACUGUUUAGCUCUUCGCUCGUACAAUUAGAUAUAAGAGAAAACGAACAAUGGAUUCCUGUAUAUCAAUUAAACGAGCUGAGAUUUCAAUAAAGAAAUUCAACGAUGUUGGCCUUCCGCAUCACUUGGGUUUGUUAAAAAAUCACAAGUCAAAUAUCGAAAAGAGUUUGGCACUUGGCGACUUGGACAAGGUAAAAAAAGAGGAAAUCAAUGCCACCCGCGUCAUAAAGCAAUUGAAAAAUCUCAUGUUGGAAAUGGAUAUUCUGCGCGGAAAUGUGAAAGAAAGCGAUCUGGACCGAUUCGAUGAACUAACGAUGCCUGGACGUCAAAAAGCCAAAGAUGCGAUACAAGAAUACCUUGAUUUACAAUUGAAAAAGUCAAUACCAAAUGCAUAUGCUCCAAGUUCGAAUUUUGACUAUCCGGAAGACGGUGAUAAUCGCGAGCAAGGGCUUAGCAAUUUACCGCAGUUACAAACGGAAUUCGAAUUGAAUGAACAUCAGUUGCGAUCGCGCGAAGCGUGCCUAAAUGAAUUUGAAAAUUUACAGCGAGAAAUCGAAGAUAUUCAAGAGUUAUUCGUUAAACUAAAUGGCAGCGUGGUUGGACAGAAAGAGGAUGUGCAAGCGGUCGAAACAAAUGUGAUCGAAACGCAUGAACACGUUGAAGCGGCCGAAAAAAGUCUUCGCCAAGCAUUAACAUACAAAAAAGCAAUGUAUCCGUUGUGCGGUGCCGUACUAGGAUUUUGUGUUGCUGGACCAGUGGGCAUGGUGACAUUCGGUUUGAAGGCUGGCAGUUUGGCCGCAUUUGGUGGUGGACUUUUAGGUGUCACAGGUGGCACUGUGUUGAAAAACAAACAGGAACCAGAACCGGGACCAAAUAUCGACGAAAAGGAAGCGACUACAAUCGACUGAUAUCCGUCGAAAUGCACAAUCAACUGAAUAACUACUAAAAAAAACAAAUCAAGCAUCAAACACACCUAUUCGCUCAGCCAAAUUUCACACAAUCACUUUUAUAUGAGUCAACAGCAGAAGAAAACUGCAUAAUUUUAAUCAAAUAUUUUGAGAUUUUUUAUGGCUUUGAAACUGAAUGUUGAUGCUUGAGUUAAUUUGUACGCAACUAAAGCUAAAAAACUAAGCAAAUAUUAUUUAUGUGAUUAUUGGAUAGAAAUUUUGUUGGUAUUUAGAACUUAUUAUCAUAAGUUGGUUUAGAUAUUUUAUAAAAAAUCCAAAAUUCAACCAGAGAACCCAUUGAGAAUUUAUUUAAUGUUAUUCAAAGUACGAGGUUUUACGUAGAGAUUUAAAUCAAGUUUGAAAAUUAAAAAAGAAACAAAAGAAGAUUUUCUGUCGCCUUAACUCAAAUAUAUUUCCAUUUCUUAUGUAUAAAAAUUCCAAUGAAAAUGUCACACCGAUGAAUGACACAAAGCAAACAAUAAACGGAACACUUUUAAAUUGGAACGAA